GUCCCGAUAUCACUGCAGUCAAGACAGGUCGAGGAGAAGGACAACAUAAACACUAAGUCACGGACAAUAGCUGCCUUCUUUUUUUUCUCGCUUUGGACAGUAGUUUGGUACUUUUACGUCUCGUGUAAGUACUGCGUUCACAGCUGUAUACUUCUAACUUCGACACGGUUUUGCGAGCGAGAUAGGACCUUUAGCUUCAACAAAAGACAUGAGGACGAAGGAGAAGAAGUGUCCUGAGGGCGUUAAGUUGCGAUGACCAUGACUCCUUUAAAUGGAAGACGACGGUUUUGAUAACGUUUUUGUCGGGCUGUUUCUUCGCUGUCAGUGGAGCCGCAAAGGGGGGUCCUGUGCUGGAAGUGGGACCCUUAAACCAGACCCGCUUGCGGAGACAAAUAUUCGGAGUGUGACUUGAGACGAGCGGUGACGUCACUCAGUGUUGUCAAAGUGACUUCGUGGCACGCGCGCCUGCACACUUCAUGCACUGUUUUUUUUUUUUAAAUACUUUAUUCUUAAUUGAAGCCCCCACUUUUGAGUGUUUAUAAUUGCUUAUAGAUUCAGUUUCCAACAUCAGUGCAUGUGUGAGCAUGGUGGAGAGUCGGAGCCAUGUGCAGAGGGACGGGGUGUACCUCUGGUUCUCCACCCUCACCUCUGCCCAGAGAGCAGAGUUCCUGUGUGGCCUGCUGGACCUCUGUGUCCCCAUCGAGCUUCGCUUCCUGGGCUCCUGCCUGGAAGACUUGGCCCGGAAGGAUUACCACUCACUCCGAGAUGCGGAGAUUAAAGCCAACAAUCCCACGGACCUGUCUGGACUCACCAACAUCACGGACGAGGUAGUGCGUAGUAAGCUCUUGGUGUCCCUCGCACUGCUUGGCUCGGAAAACCGAGAGGGGGCAGGGGUCCUGUACCAGACAUUGACACAUAUUGACACCGUCAUUAACAACUACGGCGUGGCCUUGAACGACGGAAGGGCAGAGGAGCAGUUUCUGCUGCUGUUCACCAUGGCAUCCCACCACCCUGCCUUCAGCUUCCAUCAGAAACAGGUGCUGAGGCAACAGCUAAGUCAGAUCCAGGACAUCCUGCAGAGCCAAACCAGAGAGGCUGGUACAGCCUCUGUGCUUGGAUCAGUGGUGACCACUGGGAAAGGAGAUCAAGCGGUCAGUCAGGAACUAAGCCCUCCUCACCUGGCUCUAUCACCCCCUCAUCUUCCUCCUCCUUCAACACCACCAGCAGGGCCUGGCCUCGAUGCAACAGCACCACCUCAGAGCCUCCAAGGCCACCAGGGGAAGAGAGGAACAGUGGUGAUUGAGAGAGUUGCAUUGCGGGGAGUGACACACAAGUUUGAAGACACAAGUGAUUAUAUGUUUGAGGCCAGCUGGUCAGAUGGUCUUGUGUCAUCAGUUGUCCGAAGUCAACAAGAGGUGACAGACCUUCUUUUACAGUUGUCACAGGCAUUUCCGAACGAACGAGUGGACAAGAACUUGACUCACACUGUUGAAUCAGAGGCCAGAUGUCUGACAGCGUUGCCCUGCCAUGUCCUCCGGCACCACAGUGUCCAGCUCUUCUUCACCUCCACCAGGCCUCUCUCACCCAACUAUCUGUUCUCCUUCCCUUCUUCGCUCCCCAACAUACCUCCCUCCCCUUCCACGGCUUCUGUAGACGCUACCUGCCCGUUCACAUCCAGCCAUACUGGCCUAGCUAGUUGCGCCAUGCAGUACAGAGGAGCCAACAGGGCGGUGUACAGAGUGGCCAGUGUACAGCCCGUUGUCAGCACCCACAAUUCUGCCAUGGCCCGUUCUUCCACUCAAGUCGCUGCCCUCCCUUUGUCCCAUCCUCCUCCACAACACUCCCCUCAGCUGUCCUCCCUUCCUCCCCAUAUGCCAGCACUGCCCACGCAGGGCUUCCUUGUUGGCAGAGUUGAUGCUUCCUCCCAACCACAUCCCCAAAGCAAACCCUGUCAUUCACUUCAGUCGCACACCUAUUCAGACUCGCAGCAGUCCUCAUUACAUCAGCUGCACCUGCAAACAAGUCCACAUCACAGUACACAGCCUCAACACUCCCCUCAUUCCCAGUCCCUCUUAUAUUGCCAUUCCCGGCCACGUCCCCAGUCCCAUACACAGUCUCUAUCCCAGUCCCAGGUUAAUACUCCAGAGCAGAAUGGCAUUUUAGACUGGCUGCGCAAGCUCCGCCUACAUAAAUACUAUCCAGUUUUCAAACAGCUGACAAUGGAAGAGUUUUUAGCACUCACUGAGGAGGACCUGAACAAGUAUGACUUAACCCAGGGAGCAAAGAAGAAACUCAAGACUCAACUGGAGUUGCAGAAGUUUGCAGACAGGGAGAUGAAGAUGGAGAAACGGACUUGCAGCAGCAUUGCAAGAGUGACGCCUUCCAGUCAUAUGGGAACCUCAAUGCACGCCUCUUCUACUGCAGUAGAGCUGCGGGUGGAAGUGGACUCCGUGCUGCACCAUCACCCCGUCCGCACAGAUAGCAGCUCAUCGUCAGGCUAUUCCAGCUCCUCUUGUUCCCCCCGAAUCCCCCUCUGCUGUGACUCCACUGUGGACAGGAGCAGAGAUCUGUACAGGCGUGUUUCGCUCCAAGAAGCUGUAGGAGGAAGUCACGAGAAGGACCGCUCGUGCAUUUUCAUCCUCAACUCCCACUGCCCCGCAGGCUCCAGUCGCCCCACUGCCCAGGUCCUCCCCGUCCAAACGGAUCCAUCUCCUCCUGUCGCUCCGUCCAGCUCAUCCCACCUGCCGUUCACUCCUCCUCACUACCACCCUCAAGGCAGCUAUCCUCAGAGCCUGCUCUCCCCGACCUCCAACCCAGCACGGAUCUUGUCUUCCCCGCGAAAGCCGAGGCCGCCCCCUCUGUGCAUGGAGGACAGAACUAAAGUUCUGGGCUCAGGUCUGUCCGGGACCAGUGCGGGCUUUAGUGCGGGCAUGAGGCUGGAGAAUCUUUUGCCCAAGCUCAAAGUGGACGGCUCUUCCAUACUCCAUGACCCUGCAGGGGGUCUCGGUUCUACAGGAGCUGCUGUGGGUCUGAUGGUGGAGACCAGCUCUGCUUUGACCUCCACCUCAAACAGCCUCCAUCACGUGUCCCAACCACCCCUCCAGUUCCACCUUUCCUCCUCCUCUUCCUCGUCCCCAUCCUUGUACUACUCCUACCCGUCUCUUUCCUCUUCAACGCCCUCCUUUUCUCCGUACGCCUCCUCCAAGCCCAUGUCGCAGCCCGCUAGCUCCAUUGGUGGAAGUGGCUUCGUUUCCAUGCCAACCGCCGGCACCGUCCCUAUUGCCGCAGUGCCAGGAAACAUGUACUACCCUGCUCGCUCCAGCCCUGGCCUCUCCGCCUCCUCCGGCGCCUCAUUAGACCCCAGCCCAGGCCACACCCACUGUGUUUGCAGCUCGUGCGGAUGUCAGGGCAGCUGCGGCGCGUACGGCGCCCCGUCUGGGUGCCCUCCUGCGGCCGGCUACCUGCAGCCCUUCACGGCCGCCUCCGUCUUCACGCUCGGGCCCCUGCUCCAUCUCAGACCUUUGGUGGCCUCUUCCAGUGGCACCGCCACCGGCGCCGUGCCCUUCUCCUACCCCAUGAUUGCACCGCAUCCCCUCUACUGCCAGAGCCACGUGUCACAUGACCAGCAUAAAGGCUUCGGCUUCUACCACACACAUGGCAAUGUGGGUAAUGGCAGCCAGAGACGGGUCACGGGGAACUUUUCUUGUUACAACUGCGGCGCUAACGGGCACAGAGCGGAGGACUGCAAACAGCCGCUCAUGGAUUCUACACGACAAAGCUCUUUUCGACUCAAGUACACGCCUCACCCUGACAGUAAAGAUUCAGGAGACUGACUGGGGAUUUGAACAAAACUGCAAUUAUUUUCUUCUGAGACUUCAACCACCAUUUCUGUUCUGGUGGGAAAAAAAACUAAACAUUUUCUGUUCUGUAACAGCAGUUACCUCAACAAAUAAGGAGCAUCAGCCGAGGACAAGGACAGUCAAACUCCACACGGGGGGGGAAAAAGGGCAUUAGUAAGUUUCAUGGACGGAUUAAAAAAGUGGAAUUGCUUCGUCAGGAACUUUACAAGCUUGAAGACCAUAAAGACACUACAGAAAAUCAUCUUCACUCUUUUUGAACAUACAGUGGGGCAAAAAAGUAUUUAGUCAGCCAGCGAUUGUGCAAGUUCUCCCACUUAAAAU